AAAGAAACCUCACGCGGAAGGACGGCGACUAAAUCCGAUCCCACUUCCCUCAUUCCCAAACCGUGUGGCAGGAAGGAAGGAAGGAAGGAAGGAAGGAAGCGGCUGGCGGGCGGGCGGGGGAGUGGGGGAACAACGACAACAACAACAACAAAAAUCCACUCCGGAAGCUCCUGGACAACCCGAGGUACGAAAGAUGGCUGACAUGUUUUUUGUUGAGAGCCCGUAUGUGACCUACACCAAGGAUUCCAUUGAGGCACAGUAUUCCUACCAGACUACGGAAGUUUUUCAGGAGAAUGGCAAGGUUAAGGUAAAACCUUGCUCUACAAAAUUCACCUUUUGCACGGAGAGGAAAGUGCCCAAACUUGGAGUUAUGCUGAUUGGUUGGGGUGGAAACAAUGGCACUACAGUUACUGCAGCUGUUUUGGCGAAUAAACUGGGUCUCUCUUGGAUGACCAAAACUGGAAGCAAGGAUGCUAAUUACUAUGGAUCCUUGUUUCAAGCCUCCACUGUGUGUUUGGGAACUGGUCCUGCUGGUGACUACUAUGUGCCCUUCAAGGACCUACUGCCCAUGGUGAACCCAAAUGACAUUAUAUUUGAUGGUUGGGAUAUCUCUUCCAUGAAUCUUGCUGACGCUAUGCAAAGGGCUAAAGUCCUGGAUUGGGAAUUGCAGGAACAACUGAGGCCUCACAUGAGGAACCUUCAACCCAGACCUUCCAUUUAUAUUCCAGCAUUCAUUGCAGCUAAUCAAAAGGAUCGGGCAGACAAUGUGUUGCAAGGUUCCAAAUUUGAACAGAUAGAGCAAAUUAGAAAAGAUAUCCAGGACUUUAAAACAAAGAGUGGAGUUGAUAAAGUGAUCGUUUUGUGGACAGCUAACACAGAGUGCUUUUGUGAUGUUGUUCAUGGAAUAAAUGACACUGCAGAAAAUUUAAUGAAGACAGUUUUGCAAGGAGGAGAAAUGUCCCCAUCAUCCAUGUUUGCCGUGGCCAGCAUUCUGGAGGGUUGUGCCUACAUUAAUGGGUCUCCACAGAAUACCUUUGUGCCAGGAGUCAUCGAUCUUGCCAUGAAACACAAUGUGUUCAUCGGAGGAGAUGACCUCAAAUCUGGCCAGACAAAAAUCAAAUCCGUUCUUGUAGACUUCCUGGUCAGUGCUGGAUUGAAGACCGUCUCAAUCGUCAGUUACAAUCACUUGGGGAACAAUGAUGGGAAGAAUUUGUCUGCCCCACAGCAGUUCAGAUCAAAGAUCUCAAAGAGUAAUGUGGUGGAUGACAUGGUCCAGUCCAAUCCCAUCUUGUACAAACCAUCUGAGAAACCGGAUCACUGCGUUGUAAUUAAGUAUGUUCCAUAUGUUGGAGACAGCAAGCGAGCACUGGAUGAGUACACAUCAGAGAUCAUGAUGGGUGGCAUCAACACUAUUGUCCUGCACAAUACCUGUGAGGAUUCCUUGCUGGCCAGUCCUCUUAUUCUGGACCUGGUGAUCCUGACUGAACUCUGUCAGAGAAUAACAUUCCGAACUGAGUCCGACCCAGAGUUCCAAACCUUCCAUAGUGUCCUCUCAAUCCUCAGUUACCUUUGUAAGGCUCCCCUCGUCCCAGCAGGAACUCCAGUCAUUAAUUCACUAUUCAGGCAAAGGACCUGCAUUGAAAACAUUUUGAGAGCAUGUCUGGGGCUUCCUCCUCAGAACCACAUGCACCUUGAACACAGAAUGCAGAGGAGCUUUGUGACUAAUAGGACGGCUGAGCAUCCGGCUGCUAUGUUGCACAAAAUACCAAAACUCAACAACCUUUCCCACAAGAACAUUGUUUUAAAUGGCCACACCAAUGGCUAUUAACUAGAAUUGUUGCUAGUGGUGCUCUUGCACAUUAACUGGCCUUCAGCCAUAAUGGGAAGUUUAUGUUGUCUUGUGUAGCUUGUUUGGUUGUGAGGAUCUCAACAAUUUUCCUUAUUUAAGAUUUACUGUUUUUUAAGUCUAUUUUCUGAGUUACAGAGCAAGCACUCGUAGAGUAUGGUUGUAUAAUUCGUCCAGAGAUAUCAGUGUCAUUUAGAAUUAUUUGUAAGAACUAUUUCAAUAUUAUCUCUGAGGCAGAAUGUCAAAAUGUUAACACUAUUGAUACAAAUUGGUUAGAGCGACGAUGAAAAUGUAAACUUAGUGUCAGGAAUUUAUGAAAAAAUAAAGUCCUGUUUCUC